AACUUUUUAGAAGAAAAUGGAGCACCCCUUCAUCAGGUGGAAGGAAGAAAUAUUUUCAGAUUAAGCGGGGUGAUGGUGAUAAGGGAAUGGAAAGAAUUGGGAGAGACCUAGCUAUAGAGCUUGGAGUGCCAUGGACUGAAUAUUGGAAUUUCCUUGAUAAGAAUGUGAAUAUUUCUUCACCAGAAGGCUUAAGAUUGUUAGAGGAGUAUCUUAUCAAGAAAUCCCAGCAAAUACCAGAUGAUGUUGAUGCCUUGAUGGAACUGACCAGUGAGAUGAGUUUAAAUGAAUCCCCUGCACUGUGGUCACCUGUUGGUAGUAAAUCCAUACAACGAGAUGGUUUUGUUGAUCGAAAUGCAAGACCAGAUCUUGAUGGAAUAAGUGUCAAUCUAUUUGCAGCUGAUAAACAAGACUUCAAAAAUGAAAUGGAUGUUGUUGAUGGUGACAUGAGUAAAGGGAAAUCUAAACACAUUCUCAAUGAUUCAGCAGAGUAUGAAAGGGCUCUAAACUCUAUGACUGAGAAAUUUUCCAGAAUAAACUUGGACUUGAGUAAUAGCUCUGAUAACUCUGGAAGAUAUUCUACUCAAAAUAAUCUUUCAGCGUCACCUGCUGUGAAAAUAACCAGCUCAAAUGAUUCCCUAUCUAAAUUUACAAAUCUAGAGGAGAAGGAAAACUUGAAAGAUGAAUCAAAGAUCACAGUAGCUAGUAAAAAUGAAGCAAGAGGAGUGUCUUUCGCAACGACUGAGAUUUCGGAAAGUGGUCAGGUUUCUCUUUCCAAUCCAUCAAAAGUUUCUAAACUUUUUGGUGCUUUGUGGAGCAUGACUAGUUAUAUCCCUGUCCCCGGAUUUUUGAGGAGAAAGUCUGCACCACCACCACCACCUCCAGAUGAUAUUGUUGAGGAUGGAGAAAGGACUGUCGAGGAGGAAGAGGAUGUGAAGGAUUUGGACCGAUCAGAUAGUGAUAGUGACUCUCCUGAUUUAUACAGUGCUGCAAGACCUGUUUUUAUACAUGGAGUUCGUCCAACAAAGGAAGACAUGGAUGUUUACAGGGCUAUUCAAAAUGCUGUGAUAAAGAGAAGAGACUUUCCACAUGUACUAAAGUGGAAGAAACUUGUGCAGUCAUUUGAUGAUGAUGUGAAAGAAAGGUGGCCCAGUCCAUCAAGAGCUAGAAGAUUGGACUUUCUCAGCCAAUCAGCACCAGCCAAGGCAUUUACUGCUGGACAUGUAUCGACUCCAAACAGUCGCUUCACAGCAGCAGAUCUCAGUUUCAGCUCUCCACAGCUGCCGAGUAGGAGUAACAGUUUUCAAGGACAGGAUACAUAGUUUUUCUUUAAAAUCACUGAA